AACAUUAUUAAAGAUGAACUUUGUGUUUGAGCUAAUAUUUUUAUUAGCCAAAGGUAAUCAUAUAUUUGUUGUUACUUAAACUUGUUCAAAUGCCAUUAAGAGGCAUUAAAGUUUUGGAAUUUGUGGGCUUGGCUCCCGGUCCAUUAUGUGGCAAAAUACUGGCCGAUUUUGGGGCAAGCGUUACCCGCAUUGACAAGGUGGUGGAUUCGAUCGAUAUGUUGCACCAAGGCAAACGCACUCUGGUCAUCAAUCUGAAGAAAGAUGGCGGUCAGCGGCUUGUGCAGCAACUGGCCAAUAAAUCUGAUGUGUUAAUUGAGCCCUUUCGACCGGGAGUCAUGGAGAAACUGAAUUUGGGUCCGGAGGUAUUGUGCACUAGCAAUCCGCGUUUGAUCUAUGCGCGCCUUACGGGCUUUGGGCAACAAGGUCCAUUGGCAGCGCGGGCCGGCCACGAUCUCAAUUAUGCAGCUGUCUCGGGCGUGCUCUCAAUGCUGGGCCGCGAACAUGAGAAACCAACGGCGCCAAUUAAUAUUCUAGCUGAUUUUGCUGGGGGCAGCGUUAUGUGUGCCUUGGGCAUAUGUGUGGCAUUGCUGGAACGCUAUAAGUCCGGUCGAGGCCAGGUCAUCGAUGCGUCUAUGGUGGAGGGCGCUGCCUAUGUGGCCAGCUGGCUAUUCAUGUCACGGAACCUUGGAAUUUGGGAGCAAAAACGUGGACGUAACUUGAUCGAUGGUGGUGCUUAUUUCUAUGACACAUAUAGAACGAAAGAUGGACUUUAUAUGUCAGUGGCUGCAUUGGAGCCACAAUUUUUUGAGAUUCUGAAGGAACGCUUGCAAUUGCCGCCGGAUUUAUCACAAUUUGGAGAUGAACAUCAAAUGCAUGGCAAACAGCUAUUAACGGAUAUAUUUCUAACUAAAAACCAAGACGAAUGGUCAGCUUUGUUUGAGGAUGUGGACGCUUGUGUCUAUCCGGUAGUGGACUGGUCAAAGGCCCAACAGCAUCGUCACAACGCAGAACGAGAAUCAUUUGUGAGUGUCGCUGACGCCUGGGCACCAUGUCCUGCGCCGCGCUUAAGUCGCACACCUGGCCAAAUACGGCAGAAUACUCAAAGUAACGAGAAGUCCUUGCUAGAUGAACUGAACCUAAGACCUAAAGAACUGUGUCAACUUCAGGAGGAGGGAGUGUUGACGUUGCCGCCUCUUAAAUCCAAGUUGUAGAUUGUACAUUGUAAAUAAAAGACAUUAUUUUGGUUUCUUUCA